GAAAAGUAUUAAAAUUAACUUUAUUUCACUAACAGUUCAAUUAAAUCUUGUAAUAAAUAUAUAACUAGAAUAUUGUGAUACUCAAUGGGUAAUCAACGAAUUUUCUCCGGAAAUUUAUGGAGAUAUUUCAUAAUAUUUUGGUGGAUAAUUGGAACUAUUAUAGCAGCAGGUGAUGAAGAAUUUCAUCCAAAGAUUACAGUAAUUACUGAACAAAAAGUUGCUUCAGAAAUUAAAUACUUUGAUGAUUCAUCAAAUAUUCUUGUAAUUCGAAAUUCUCAACUUUUAAUAUCAUUAGAUGAUGGAAUUAAUUAUUCAUUAAUUGAAGAAACUAAAAAUGAAGAUAUAGUUCAUAUUGAAUUAGAUAAAUUCUUUAAAGAAAGAGCUUUUGCCUUUACAUCAAAUCAAAAUCAAUUUAUUACUAAUGAUAAAGGUAAAACUUGGCAAAAGUUUGAAAUUAUUCAUGAUAAAUCUGAAAAACUUGAUUUACUUUCAAUUCCUUAUAUUACUUUAAAUGCUGCUUCAAAAGAUUUUGCUUUAUUUGAUUAUUUUGAUUGUCCUCAAAAGAUAUUUAAUGCAAAUUGUAAAAGAAUUUAUUAUUAUACAACUGAUGGAUUUAAAACUAAUCCAAAAAAGUUAAAUAUUGAUCUGACAGUUUGUAGAUUUGCUAGAUCAAGUUUAGAUUUUGAUGGAGUUGAUAAUUCAACAUUAUAUUGUAAUAAAGAUACUUUAAAUUCUUUUGGUCAUGUGGUUCAAUCAGAUUUAUUAAUUACAACUGAUUUCUUUAAAAAUUCUGAAAGAGUUAAUCAUCAUCAUGCCAAUAAUGGGAAAAUUAUUGAUAUAAGAAUUGAACUGAAUUUUUUAAUUCUUGUUGUUCAAAAUGAUAAAUUUAAUGAAAAUUCUCGAGUUUCAAUAUUAGUAUCUAAAAAUGGUAGUCAUUUUCAUAGAACUGAUUUAAGAAUUAGUUCAUCUUAUGGUUUAAUGACAUUUUUAGAAGCUUCUAAACUGUCAUUUUUUAUAUCAGUAUUAGAAUAUAAAGGUAUUACAAGUGCGGCAACAUUUUAUGGAUCUGAUUCUGAUGGUUCAAGAUUAACAAAACUUUUAGGUAAUAUUCAAGAUAAUGCCGUUAAAAAAGUUCAAAAUAUUGAUGGAGCUUGGUUAGCAAAUACAGGAAAUAUUUCUGAUGAAAAUGAUUCUAAUUUAUUAGAUUUAUUAAUUGGUGGAGGAACUAUAAAAGAUAUUGUAAGUCAAUAUUCAUUUAAUGAUGGUAAAGAUUGGAAUCCUUUAGCUAUUAAUAAUGAUAAAGAUUGUAAAGUAUCAAAUGGUUGUUCAUUACAUUUAUUAAACCCAACUGAAAGAGAUGGUGAAGGGAAUUUUGUUACAGGACCAACACCAGGAAUUUUAAUGGCAAUUGGUAGUAAAGGUAAAAAACUUGAUAAAGAUCUUAAUAAUAUGCAAACAUGGAUUUCAAGAGAUGGUGGAGCAUCAUGGGAUCAUGCCCUUGAUGAUGCAUGUUUAUUUACCUUUGGUGAUCAAGGUAAUGUUAUAAUAGCUGUACCAUUUUAUGGUAAUGAACAACAAAGUGUUGAUAAAUUUUAUUAUUCAUUAGAUCAAGGUAAAUCAUUUCAAACUCAACUGAUUGAUCAUCCAUUUUUCCCAUUAACUUUAACUACCACAGUUGAUGGAACUUCAAGAAAAUUCAUUAUGUCUGGAUUAGUUGAUAAUACUCCUGAUAAUCAUCAUGAUAUGGAUUUUUCAGAAGUACUUUAUUCAAUUGAUUUUACUGAUGCAUUUAAUGGGAAAAUUUGUCAAGAUGAUGAUUUUGAACAAGUAUUUGCUCGAGUAACUCCAAAUCAAGAACCAAUUUGUAUUUAUGGACAUCAAGAAAAAUUUAAUCGUAGAAAACAAUCAUCUCAAUGUUUUGUUAAUAAAUUAUUUGAAGAUGUUAAAGUUUAUGAAGAUCCAUGUCAAUGUACUGAAGCUGAUUUUGAAUGUGCUAAUGGAUUUGAACCUGAUGAUGAUGGAAACUGUCAACCAUUACAUCGAGUUAUUGCUCAUAGAUGUAUGAUGGAUAAAGUUAAAGAAUUAAGUAUUCCAAUUAAAGUAUUACUGGAUGGUAAUCAAUGUAAUUUAGGUAAGAAAAAAUUAAGUGAUUUUAUAACCAAUCAAUUAUUUAAAUGUUCUGAUUUUAUUGAUGAUCAUGAAGGUAAUAAUGGAGGUGGAGAAACCGGUACUAAACAUGAUAUUGUGGUUGAAAUUAAUGAAUUUCCAGGAGCUCUUAGACAAUAUACAUAUAUUGAAGGUAAUAGUUCAAUAUCAUUUGAAAAUGUUGUGGUUAAUACUAUUGAUAAUAAAGUAUUUAUAUCUAAUGAUGGAGGAGUUGGAUUUAAUAAAGUACCAAUUGAUGAUAAAAUUGUUAGUUUUUAUGAAGGUUAUGCUAUUGGUCAUGUUAUAUUAAUUACUGAAUCUAAAAGUAUUUAUAUAUCUAAUGAUGGUGGUGCAACAUUUGUUAAACGUGAGGCUCCUAAUUUACCUAUACCUAAACGUCGAGCCAUUGCCUUUGAUAAACUUAAUCCUUUAAGAUUUAUUUGGUUUGGUAAUGAUCAAUGUAUUUCAGGAGAUUGUCCUGCUAUUGCAUAUUUAACUAAUGAUGGAGGUAUUAAUUUUCAAUUAUUAAUUGAAGAUGUAUUUACUUGUGAUUUAGUAGGGACUUAUUUUGAACAAUCAAAUAAUCCUGAUCUUGAUAUUAUUUAUUGUUCAGUUAUUGAUAGACAAACUAGAAGACUUAAAUUAGAAGCUUCUGAUAAUGGAUUUCAAAAAUCAGAUACAAUAUUUGAUUAUAUUGUUGGUUAUGCAAUUACUGGAGAUUAUGUUGUAAUUGCCACUGUUGAUGCUGGAGAAAAAUCUUUACAUGCAAAAGUUACGGUUGAUGGUUCAACAUUUGCUGAUGCAGAUUUCCCUCCUGAUUUCCAUGUAGAAUCUCAACAAGCUUAUACUAUAUUAGAUUCUGAAUCUAAGGCAAUAUUCAUGCAUGUUACAACUAAUAAUGAAUUAGGUAAAGAAUAUGGAUCAAUAUUAAAAUCAAAUUCUAAUGGUACUUCAUAUGUAUUAUCAUUACUGAAAGUUAAUAGAAAUAAAGUUGGUUAUGUUGAUUAUGAUAGAAUUGAUAGUCUUGAAGGAGUUAUUAUAUCAAAUAUAGUGGCAGGUUAUGAUUCAAAAGGUAAUAAAGAAUUAUCAACUCAAAUAACUCAUAAUGAUGGAGGUGAAUGGGCUCCAUUAAUUCCUCCAGUAUUAAAUUCUAAUGGUGAAAAAUUUGCUUGUAUUGGACAACCAUUAGAUAGAUGUUCAUUACAUUUACAUGGAUUUACUGAAAGAGAUGAUUAUAGAGAUACUUUUUCAUCAUCUUCAGCUACUGGACUUUUAAUUGGUGUUGGAAGUGUUGGAAAAUCUUUAGAUAGUUAUGAAAGAUCUUCAACAUUUCUUAGUAAUGAUGGAGGUAUUACUUGGAAAGAAAUUAAACGAGGAGUUUAUAUGUGGGAAUAUGGUGAUAGAGGAACUAUACUUGUAUUAGUUCCUGCUAGAAAUGAAACUGAUACUUUAUCUUAUUCAUUAGAUGAUGGAAAUACUUGGCAUGAUUAUAAAUUUUCUGAUAUACCAAUUAAUGUAUUAGAUUUAGCCACUGUACCAUCAGAUACUUCAAGAAAAUUUCUUAUAUUUGGUUAUAAAUCUGGAGCUAAGGAUAUAACAAUUGCUUAUUCAAUUGAUUUUUCAGGAAUUCAUAAAAGACAAUGUCAAUUAGAUUUAGAUAAUCCUGAUAAUGAUGAUUUCGUAUAUUGGUCACCAUCUCAUCCUAAAUUACCUGAUAAUUGUUUAUUUGGUCAUGAAGUUAAAUAUUUACGUAGAGCUGAAGGUCAUAAUGAUUGUUUUAUUGGUAGUGCACCAUUAAGUGAAGGAUUUAAAGUUUUAAGAAAUUGUUCAUGUACAAGAAGAGAUUUUGAAUGUGAUUAUAAUUAUUAUAGAGAUAAUGAUAAUACUUGUAAAUUAGUUACAGGAUUAUCUCCAAGUGAUCGUGAAAAUGAAUAUUGUAGUAAAGAAGGAGCAUUUGAAUAUUUUGAACCUACUGGUUAUAGAAAAAUUCCAUUAUCAACAUGUGUUGGAGGUCAAGAAUUUGAUAGUUGGAAAGCUAAACCAUGUCAUGGAAUGGAAAAGGAAUUUAAUAAACAUUAUGGAAAAGAAGUUACUGGUGGGAAAUUAUUUAUAUUAUUAUUUGUUCCAUUAUUUGUAUUUAUUUUUGCAACUUGGUUUGUUUAUGAUAGAGGUAUUAGAAGAAAUGGAGGAUUUAAACGUCUUGGACAAAUUAGAUUAGAUCUUGAUGAUGAUGAUUUCCAUCCAAUAGAAGAUAAUCAAGUAGACGUUGUGGUUAAUAGAAUUGUUAGAGGAGGAAUAUUUGUAAUGGCUGCAACUUUUGCAACUUUUAAAACAAUUCAAAAAAUUGAUAGAUUACUUUUAGAUAAAGUAACUUCAGUAAUCUUUAGACGUACACCUGGAAGAAGAAAUUAUGUUCAAGUACCUGAAUUAGAUGAAGAAGAUGAAUUAUUUGGUGAUUUCCGAGAUGAUGAUGAAGAAAUUAAUGAUGGUAGAGUUAGUUUAAGUCAAGAAUUUACUGAUGAUAAUGAUCAUGAUGAUGAUAUAUCUCAUGUUGAAACUAAUGAAUCUCCAGAAAAUGUUGAUUCAAGACUCUUUGGUAUUGAUGAUCAUUCAGAUGAAGAAUCUCAUCUUGUAACUGAAUGAUUAAACCAUUUAUAUAUAUAUAUUUAUAUAUAUUAAAUUAAAUAUCGAUUGAAAUUUAAAUAAAAAAUUUA